ACACCCUGGUCUGCUUCAUCUGUUUCGCAAGCGUUCCCGGAAGUCUCGCGAUGUUUCGCAUCUGGGUUUAGAAACUCCGGGAUAAGUAGCUAAUACUAAAAGCAAAUAUUUACAUCUUGUGAGAUUACGCCUAAAUCUUUUUGAGGAAUGUGGUGAAUUGUAACAGUCAGCGCAUCACCCGUUAGCCAUCUACUCAGCCUUGAACAUAACCUAACGUUAACUGGUUUAGGUAAGACAUGUUUUUUGACAAAUCAUACACGUUGGGUGGUGUUUUAUAAAAUGGAAGAGCCGUGGGAUUUCGAGUUUUUAUCCCGUAUUGUGGACGGGUUUGUGUCGUUUCUUUCCGAAUUCGUGGAUGACUGGUUGGCUAAUGAUAUGAGAGUGUCAAUAUUCAAGAUCUUGUUUAGCUGGCUCGUUGUCAGUCUCAUUGCCAUCCACUUCGCUUGGAGAGUUUACGGAAACACUGUGAACGAUAUGUAUUACCGACAAGGUACUGGUGGACAGAAUGGAGGCACACCUGACACUGCACCUCACCGCAGUGGAUGGUAGGUGGCCAAGCAUCCAUGUGUCUCCCUCCAGGGAGAGUGCUGCAGGAGACACCCUCAAGACACACCGUGAGUGACAGACCGGACAUAAGUUGGACUACACACUACUUGCUCUCUGUCUAAUCAGACAGUGUUGCUGAGUGGACACAGACUUGGUAUGUUGUGCCUUUUCAAAUGGGCUGGAGUUCAUUGAUGAGAUGAGCCUACGGACGCUUCCUUACUCUUGAGCUGAAAAAUACUUUUCCCUGGACGGUUGUUAUGAAGAUGUAACGGUUAUCAGGCUCAGUUUACAUCCAGACAGCCACACCAUGCGAUAUGCUAAGAUAUUCUCUCAAAUGCCAUCUUUUAAAAUCUCAUAUCUUUAAAAAUGUAGCUCCUCGUGUUCAUUUUUACCCCUUUUUGAUUGGUGAGACAUGAAAAAAUAUCCAUCCGGCUCUAUGUCCUUUGAUUGGCUGUAGAUUGAACCGAAAUGUUAUUCUAAUCUACCGGUAGACAGAAUCUGAAAAGACUCAACAACUGCUGUGAGAGUUGUUGAUGGGUGUGACUGCUGUUAUGUUCAUAACAUGUUAUUGUAUGAAUAAGGAGCUGUUCUGAGAAGAGAUGGUUUCUGUUUUUAUUUCCACUGGAGCAAGGCUACAUAGUAAUCCGUGAAGAGCGAGCUGGAGCAAGUCUACUGUGGAGAAGUGGUCAAAGAUAGAAGCCUUACAUCAAAUGGCAGCUCCCCUCAAACUCUGAUUUCUUUUUCUUGACAGCCUCACCUUAUUAUACCCGUUGUACACCCCUUCUAUGGCUGGAACAUCCAUAUUGAGAAGGAGCAAAUGCAUGAGGCCUCUGUGACUCUUCUGAUUGCUGUGAAAAUAUAAAACAGUGAAGGCCAUUAAUGCCUUUUAUUGUCUCAGGUACAGGUAGGUACCUGUAGCAGUCAAAUGGAGAAGGCAAAUUUAUUGUACAUUUUGUAAUUAAUGGUCUUGUGCAAUUGAUUGGUACUUAUUAAAGAAUUGUGUUUAAAAUUCA